ACUUCAUAGAUUCUCUAACUAAAAUAAAAACCCAGAGAAUUUAGAAAGUGACAUGGAGUGCAUUGAUAUAAUAUCAGAACAUUGCCGAGCAUGUCAAAUUAGAACGGACAUUACUCAAAAGAUAUUCAUAUUUACUACAAUGAAAAUCCCGGACAUCUUCAGGGAAACCACAUCCCUGGACAUUCAUGAGAACGAUGGACUUCCCAAAGUAUUAUGCUCCUCCUGUUACGAUCGCCUCCUGGAAGCUUACAACUUCCGGAAAAUGUGUUCUGCAACGGCUAUGCGCUUCCAGAAGAUCCUGCCAAGGGACAUUCCAAAGGAGAAAUACAUCUCAUCUGAAAAUUCGAGUGAUACCCAUUUGACAGAUACAAUACUGAUGGAUAUUAUAAAGACAGAGCCAGAUUUAGGCUCUUCUGAUACUUCUCUAAAAUACCGAACCAGCUUUCCGGACAGGGAAGACCCUCUCAGUGGUAUUUCUGAUAUGUUACCCGUACAUGAAAGCCUUCCGGAAGUACACAAGACUGAUUCUGAUGAUGAGAUAUCUCCUGAAUCUCAAAAGAGAACGAAUUCUGCUUUUCCGGAAGACCAAAAUAGGCUUGAGUGCGCCAUCUGCAAUUCAAGUUUUAAUCGGAAAUCACACCUGAAGAUGCACAUGAGGAAGGAGCAUCUGGGAUCAAAGCCUCGUGAAUGCAAAAUCUGUGGGAAGCAAUUCAAGUCAACCAACUCUCUAAGGAACCACCUCGAUAACCAUCAUCUUCCGGAAAACGAUGAACGUCACAAAGAUACUAACCAGAACGUCUGUGGAAUUUGUGGGGUAGAGAAUUUAACCGUUUAUGAGAUGAAAAGCCAUAUGAACAUCCAUAAGAAGGGUAAUAUGUGGUCUUGUGUAUUUUGUUCCUACCAAACCGAUAGGAAGAAUAGUAUGCAGCGUCAUGUGAAGGUGGUCCAUCGUAAAAUAAAGGAACAUCACUGCUCACAAUGCGAUAGAUCCUUCGGAACUGCCAAGUGUUUGAAGAAUCAUAUAAUGCUUCAUACAGGAGAAAGACCACAUUCCUGUAGUAAAUGUGAUAAAAGAUUCAUCAGAUUAAGUGAACUGAAGAUUCAUAUGAACAUUCACACAGGAGAAAAUGUAUAUUCUUGUGAACUUUGUUCAUACAAAACGAUACAGCCUGUUAAUAUGAGGAAUCACGUUAAGGUAGUUCAUCAGGGAGUUAAGGAUUUUCAUUGUCCGCAGUGUGAUCAAUCUUUUACGGCUGCAUCAACUUUGAAACAGCACAUACGUCGUCAUGAGGGUAUUAAGAAUCAUGAAUGCAGUAUUUGUGGGGUCAAGACAGUAACAUCGAGCGAAUUGAAGAGUCACAUGGAUACCAUGCACACGAUGGAGAAAAAAUGGUCUUGCCAGUUUUGCCCUUACAAAUCCAGUGUACGCGGAAAUCUCAGUAAGCACGUGAAAGCAAUUCAUGAGAAGAUAAGGGACUAUCACUGCUCCCACUGCGAUAAAUCCUUUUUCAGAGCCAGGGACCUGAAGAACCAUGAAAUGGUCCACAGUGGAGAAAGGCCUCAUGCCUGCAGCAAAUGUCCUAAAAGAUUUAUCAUACUUAAUCAACUUAAGGCUCAUAUGAAUAGUCACACUGAAUAUCGUUUCCCAUUUUCAUGGGUCCUCAUGUGCAUUCUGAGCCCUUCCAGUCGAGUCACGCCUAGUCCACAGAUUUUGCACUCACAGGGCUUCUUCAAUCCCAGAUGGACCUUCCUCAUGUGUAUUUCCACCCGGAUCUUCUGCCGGAAUGUUGAAUUGCAGAGGCAGCAUUCAAACAAGGGCUUGCCACGCCAAAACUUCAUCUUCGGGGGAGAUCAGGGGAACAUCAUCCAAAUCAUCUUCCUCGGCUGGUUCCAAGGGAUUUUGAUCUAUGGGCAGAUUGUUAGUAUCUUCGAGUGCUCCCGGACAUCUUCAAGGAAACCACAUCCCUGGACAUUCAUGAGAACGAUGGACUACCCAAAGUACUCUGCUCGAUCUGCUACGAUCGCCUCCUGGGAAGCUUACAACUUCCGAAAAAUGUGUUCAGCUGCGGCUCAGCACUUUCAGAAUAUCCUUUCGAUGGAUGAUGUUCCGGAAGAGAAGUACAUUCCACCUGAAGAUUUGAGUAGUCCGUUUACAGCUUCUAAUUCGCGUCUGGAUAUUUAUUCGGAGAAGAUCAGCACACCUUCAGUGAGGGUAGUGGAAGUGCUUCCCAAUGGUCUACCUCUUCCGGAAAAACCUAAGAAAACUGAAGAGUUGAAAAAAGUGGAUCUGGAAUGCACUAUUUGCAAUUUAACUUUUUUCCGGAAAGAAGGCCUGGAUAUGCACAUGAUAAUUGAGCAUCAAGGACUAAAUGCCCCAUCCAAGAACCUUCGAGACCCUCUAUUUGUUAACUUUCCUCCGGAAAAGAAAUAUUCCCCUCCGGACAGGAACAAUUCACCACUCGAAGAUACUAACAAUCUGCCAAUAAAUCAAAAUCCCCUGGCAUCACUCGAUGAAGAUGAUUCCGACGAUGCUCCCUUGAUCUCCAGGAAAACCAAGAAGACCCAAAAGAAGAAACCUCCCCCGAAGAUGAAGUAUUGGCGUGGCAAGCCCUUGUUUGAAUGCUGCCUCUGCAAUUCAACAUUCCGGCAGAAGAUCCGAGUGGAAAUACACAUGAGGAAGGUCCAUCUGGGAUUGAAGAAGCCCUGUGAGUGCAAAAUCUGUGGACUAGGCGUGACUCGACUGGAAGGGCUCAGAAUGCACAUGAAGACCCAUGAAAAUGGAAAACGAUAUUCCUGCCGGAAUGAAGGAUGCAAUGAGAAAUAUGAUGUUUUUCAGGAUCUGAUGAAUCACGUGCAGGCAUCCCAUGAUGAAAAGCUGUGGUGCUGUGAAUUAUGUUCCUACAAAACCAAUAAAUUGAAAUAUUUGACUCGUCAUGUGAAAAUCGUUCAUGAAAAAGUGAGAGAUUUUCACUGUCCCUACUGCCAGCGGGCCUUUGGAUAUCAAUACUAUCUCAAGAAACAUGUGAUGAUCCACACAGGAGAAAAGCCUUUUGAAUGCAGAGAAUGUGGAAUGAAUUUUAUCCAAUUCAAGCAAUUAAAGGCCCACCACGUGAAAAUGCAUCUGGAGUCCAAAGCCGAAGGGAAUUCUUAGUGAUUUGUUCGAAAUAUUUCUAUGAUCUCAUG